AUGCUUUUUCUUUGUUUUAAAUUAAAUAAUGUAUUUCUUAAAAUAAUAAAAUUAUUGUUUUUUUAUUUAUUUCUGUAUGAUCAAAAAAAAUUUUUUACAAGUGUGUAUACUUUAGAAAUAAAAAAUAUUGUAUGUAAAAAUGUGCAAGAUAACCCUUUGAUUAAACACUUUUUUUUUAUGCAGAAUAAUAACAAAAUAAAUGAAAUUUUUACAAAUAAGAGAAAAAAAAGAAAUAUGAAAGAAUUUUAUAUUAAAAAUUCAGUAAUAGAAAAAAAACUUAAAAAGAAAUAUAUUUUAAAUGGAAAUAAAAAAGUCAGAAGUAAAUAUUCUAAAAAAGAGAAUGAUAAAAAAAUUCUAAAUAAAAUUUUCAUGAUAGAUGAAAAUUAUAAAAGUAUAUUUAAUAAAAUAAAUAGUAGUAUGGUGGACAAUGAGUUAAAUAAUAGAAUAUAUGAUCAAAGUUAUGAACGAAAUUCAUUUUUAGAAAUCAGUAAUAAUCAAAUUGAUAUUCCAAUUGAUCUUCCUCAUUUUGAAAAGGAAGUAAGGAAGCUUAUAUAUAUAUUAAAUUUUAAAGAAUUUCAACUAAAUAUAACAUUUGUAGACUCAAAAGAGAUGAAAAAAAUUAAUAAGAAACAUAGAAAUAAAAAUAAACCUACUGAUGUUAUAUCUAUAUUACAUUUCAUGCGUAAUAAACCAAGUAUUUUAAAUGAUGAUUUAAUAGAUACAGAAAUUCUAGAUAAACAGUAUUUUAAAUCUGGAGAUAUUUAUUUAUGUCCUGAUUACAUAAACAGAGAAUGUUUUUUAUCAAAAAUGAAAUAUGAGAAAAAUAUUUUGAAUGCAAAUGAAGUACAAAAAGGAGGAGAUAAUAAUAAUGAAGAAGAAAAUAUUCGCGGUGUUAACAAACUUUUUCAAAACGUUUUCAGUGUUAACGAAAGAUUACCUUUUUAUGUUUUACAUGGUUUAGUACAUUUAAUGAAUAAAGAUCAUGAAAACAAUUUAGAAGAAUAUAAUGAUUUUAUGAAUAUUGAAGAAGAUGCUAUUGAAAAAUAUUUGAAUUUUCAUCAUUAUACACAAACAUUUUAUAGUCAUCAUAUAAUUGGUUUUGGUACUGAUAUAUUAAGUGUUUCAAGAAUACAUAACAUUGUUCUUAAGAAGAACAAAAAUAAUUUUUUAAACAAAGUUUUGAAUUCUUUAGAGUUAAAAGAGUUAAAAGAAAAUAGUGGAAUUGAUAAAGAUAUUAAAAAAUUGGCAAUUUAUAUAAGUAAAAAAUUUGCUGCAAAAGAGGCCAUACUUAAAUCUAUUGGGAGAGGUUUAAGUUCCAUCUCUAAAUAUGGUUUAAGUAUGAAUGACAUAGAAAUAAGAAAUGAUAAAUAUGGAAAACCUGAUGUUCAUUUAUAUAACAAAGCAAAAAGGGUUGCAAAUGAAAUGGGAAUUGUGAAAAUAUUUCUAUCAAUAAGCGAUGAAAAAAUUAUAUGUACUGACAAUUUCAAUAAUUGCAACCUUACUUCUAAUAAUAGCAGUACUUAUUUAAUUCAUGCUCAGGCACUUGCAGUUGGAUCCAAUAUAUAA